AUGACAGCUACUGCCAGCACCAACAGCACGUCUGAAGCAAGUCCUCUUCUUCCCAAUAUUGUUUCCGAUAUUGAAUAUGUGAAUGCCGUAGAUGGACUUACGGAAGACGUCAAAAUCCCAUCCCCAAAACACAUAUUAUGGAAGGUCGAACUUGUGGACCGCGUCUUUGACGAUGUCAACCGUGCCACCUACCCAAAUCCACUUUCCCUGAAACCGAACACUCCAACCUCGUGGUUUGUCGAUGACGAUGAUCUUGUCGCAGCGAAGGUGAACGUGGCAGCUUCCGACACUGACCUAGAUAAGGGAAUCAAAGCUGAAGCCUAUACAUUGGCUGGUCCUCGGUUUGAUAUUGCCUUUGAUCCGAAGCAGUGCAAAGCAGCUGUCGUAACCUGUGGAGGGCUAUGUCCCGGGCUGAAUACGGUAGUCAGAGAAAUUGUCAUGUGCCUCCGUCGUCAAUAUGGAGUUUCCACUACAUAUGGCAUUCCUUCGGGAUACCGAGGCUUUAAGGAUCCCACUACCUGGAUUCCUUUGGAUGAAAAGGUGGUCCGCAACUUUCACAACAUGGGAGGAUCCUUCUUGGGAAGUUCCAGGGGUGGUCAUGACACCAAGGCCAUUGUCGAUUCGUUGGAAAAGGAAGGAAUCAAUUUAUUGUUUGUGACGGGCGGAGAUGGAACAGUCCGAGGUGCCGCCCUAAUCGCAGAUGAAGUUCGAAAUCGUGGAUUGGAAAUCGCCGUCGCGGUCAUUCCCAAAACCAUUGACAAUGACAUUCCUCUCAUUGACCGAACCUUUGGAUUUGAAUCUGCCGUCAAUGCGGCCCGGCAGGCUAUUGAUGUGGCGGUCACCGAAGCCGAAGGAUUUCCGUACGGUCUUGGGAUUGUCAAGGUGAUGGGACGACAUUCCGGAUUCAUUGCCAUGCAUUCCACUUUGGGAUCGAGAGUGGUGGAUUUGUGCUUGGUUCCUGAAGUUGAUUUCUAUUUGGAUGGAGAAGGCGGUAUUGUCGAUCAUUUGGCGGACCGUUUGUUGGAAAAUGGAAAUGCCAUUGUGGUAGUCGCAGAAGGUGCUGGACAAGAACUCAUGGCUACCAUGGGGUCGCAUGGAGCUGACGAAGUGGAUCUAUCGGGGAAUAAAUUAUUGGAUGAUGUGGGUCCAUGGUUGGUGAAACAACUCAAGCCACGAUUGAAUGAAAAACUAAAGGGCAAGACACCCUACGACGAUGGAGUCACCUGCAAAUAUGUGGAUCCAUCGUACAUGGUUCGUGGAAUUCCACCCACCACGGCCGACAAUUUGUUUUGCACCCAACUGGCGCACAAUGCGGUCCACGGUGCCAUGGCUGGGAUGACUUCCUUUUUGGUGGGAUCCGUCAAUACCCGGGAAUGUUACCUUCCCAUUCGGUUGGUGGCCAACAAGCAAAACGUGAUUGAUACUGCCCAUCAAUCCUUGUGGGAAUAUGUUGUAUUUGAUACCCAACAACCAAGUUUUGCAGUGGAAAACGACUGCCGGGACGAAAAUGAUAUCAUUACCACCGCUUCGGGUGGUGUCAUUUUUCGGAAUAGUGAUGAUGAAUGCAGCAUCUAA